GCCCGCCCGCCGCCAUCCCCAUCCCCUGAAGGAGCGGCUUCCCGCCACCGCCCCCACGUGACCGCCCAGCCCUGCCCUCUCUCGGGUCGCAGCGUCAGGCAGCGCUUCCGCUUCCGGCGGCCCUCGGCCCAGCAUGGCGGCGCCCAGGGAGGCUCCGGAGCGGCGGCUCUUCGGGAGGCGCUUCCUCACCGACCCCGCCCGCCUCUUCCAGCACAACGCCUGGGAUAACGUGGAGUGGUCGGAAGAGCAGGAGGCCAGUGCCAGGAGUAAAGUUCAAGAGAACAGCUCACAGCUCUUGCCGCCAGAUAAACAAGAGGACUAUGAGGUGAACGCAAAGAAGUACUGGGAUGACUUUUAUAAGAUCCACGAAAAUGGCUUCUUCAAGGACAGGCACUGGCUGUUCACCGAAUUCCCUGAGCUGGCUCCUAACAGGAACGCGAGUCAAAAUGGGGAUUGUGUGCGUGGAUUUAGUAACCGAGAACAAUCCAACCACGAAGGGCUGGGAAGCUGUGAAAACGGACAUUGUUCAUUGGAAACCAGGGCAGAGAAUCAGCUAAACCUGACCAAAGCCACACCUGAGAUCUGCGCAGGGGGGCCGGCUGCGCAGGAGUGUGAUGAGCUGAACCACAGCGACGGAGGUUACCCGGGGUCGUCUGCGGCUUAUCGGAUAUUAGAGGUUGGCUGUGGUGCUGGAAAUACAGUCUUCCCAAUUUUACAAACCAAUAAUGACCCGGGACUUUUUGUCUAUUGCUGUGAUUUUUCUACAACGGCCGUGGAUCUCGUCCAGAACAAUGCAGAAUUCGAUUCUUCUCGCUGCUUUGCGUUUGUCCACGACCUGUGCGAUGACCAGAGUCCUUUCCCGAUGCCGGAUGAGAGUCUCGACAUUGUUAUUCUUGUCUUUGUCCUCUCAGCAAUUCUGCCAGAGAAGAUGCAGCGCGUCGUUAACAGGCUGAGUCGCCUUCUGAGGCCGGGAGGAGUGGUGUUGUUACGGGAUUACGGCCGGUACGAUCUGGCCCAGCUUCGCUUUAAGAAAGGUCAAUGUCUGUCUGAUAACUUCUAUGUGAGAGGUGAUGGCACCAGAGUCUACUUCUUCACACAAGAUGAGUUACACGAGCUCUUCACAACAGCUGGGCUGCAGAAAAUCCAGAAUCUGGUUGAUCGGCGAUUGCAGGUGAACCGUGGGAAACAAAUGACGAUGUAUCGAGUAUGGAUCCAGUGCAAAUACCGCAAGCCCGCCGCCCCUCAGCUGUGAGGAGACGGGACACGCGUUUUAGGUUGGAGCCUCUUCCCGACCGUGUGCAGUGUCUCCUGCUGGCGAGAUGUGGUUCCACCGAGCCCAGCGCACGCAGGACCUCAGUGCCUUUCCAGUGCCUAGCAUUACUUCAAGUGAGUUUUGCUAAGGACAAAUGCUCUAAAAGGAGACCGAGCAGUAAUUUAGAUGUCUUGCUACUGGUCUGAGGUUUUUAAAAUUAUUUAUGGUUUUAGUGACUUAAGAAAUGGUCACGUUGUCCUACAGCAGCCGAGCAAGUUGAGUAGUGUGUCACUCAUACUCCGGAUUUCCACAUGAAACAGGAGAGCUUCGACCUUACCUCGUGUUGUGUGCUCUUGUCUGGGGAACAAAAACCAUAGAACUGGUAAAUCUGUUCUUUGCAGCUGGUCGCUAGGCCUCGUGGAUUCCCUCGCCAGCUUAUCUCGUGCAGCUCUCCUCGGGUUUGUGCACAUCCACACGUUAAAAUACUCCGAUCCAGCGCGUGAACUGAGAGCACGCUCGUUUCUCUGGGCCAGCUUCCCCAUGGCGCCCCGUGCUGUGGCAAAAGCAGCUUAUGCUGCCCGGCGUCGCUGUGCAGAAGAUGUUCGCCUCGGGAGCCGGCGCGCCGGAGCUCAGGUGCUGUAACUUCACAGUGGACGGGGUUCAGGCUUGCAAAGAUUGGGGGCUGAUACCAGUUUCGAGACACCUCCAGAGUGCAGAGAAGCACGAGCAGCUCGUGGGCCGGAGUUCGCACAGUGACGUGCUUUUUCUGCUCGAACGGUGAGAACCGCUCCCGCUGACCGCGGCGCCCACGAGCCGCGCUGCCCCGUCACGGCAGUGUGCCCCUCUCACCACGACAAGACACCCGACUUCGAUGAGAAAUCUCAAGAAUGUCUACCACUUUUGUUUAGUUUCUUAGAGGAAGCCGACGCUGUGGCUUUCCAAAGGUAUUUCCCCACCUUUGACAGCAAAUAUCUUUUAUCUCUGCCUGUUUUCUUUUGUUAUUUUUAGGGUGUGGUACAACAGGUAUCAGAAUAAAUUUUGCAGUAAUGCGUUUCAA